CCCACGGUCACCACUGCCCCACCUGGGCUGCCGGAGCCUUCCCUCGGACCCCUGGUGCCCACUGUCCACCCUCAUCCAGCGUGAGAGCUCUCCUUCCGCUCCGCGGACGCCGCGGGCAUGGACUAUUCGUACGACGAGGACCUGGAUGAGCUGUGCCCCGUGUGUGGGGACAAGGUGUCCGGCUACCACUACGGGCUGCUCACAUGCGAGAGCUGCAAGGGCUUCUUCAAGCGCACGGUGCAGAACAACAAGCACUACACGUGCACCGAGAGCCAGAGCUGCAAGAUCGACAAGACGCAGCGCAAGCGCUGUCCCUUCUGCCGCUUCCAGAAGUGCCUGACGGUGGGGAUGCGCCUGGAAGCUGUGCGCGCUGACCGAAUGCGGGGUGGCCGGAACAAGUUUGGGCCCAUGUACAAACGAGACCGUGCCCUGAAGCAGCAGAAGAAGGCACAGAUUCGAGCCAAUGGCUUUAAGCUGGAGACAGGCCCCCCAAUGGGGGUGCCUCCCCCACCCCCUCCACCGCCGGACUACAUGCUGCCCCCUGGUCUGCACGCACCUGAGCCCAAGGGCCUGGCCUCUGGUCCACCGGCUGGGCCACUGGGCGACUUUGGGGCUCCAGCACUGCCCAUGGCCGUGCCCAGCACCCACGGGCCACUGGCCGGCUACCUCUAUCCCACCUUCCCUGGCCGUGCCAUCAAGUCUGAGUACCCAGAGCCCUAUGCCAGUCCCCCGCAGCCUGGGCCACCCUAUGGCUACCCAGAGCCCUUCUCCGGAGGGCCUGGUGUGCCCGAGCUCAUCCUGCAGCUGCUGCAGCUGGAGCCAGAUGAGGACCAGGUGCGGGCACGCAUUGUGGGCUGCCUGCAGGAACCAGCCAAAGGCCGCCCUGACCAGCCUGCGCCCUUCAGCCUCCUGUGCAGGAUGGCUGACCAGACCUUCAUCUCCAUCGUGGACUGGGCACGCAGGUGCAUGGUCUUCAAGGAGCUGGAGGUGGCCGACCAGAUGACACUGCUGCAGAACUGCUGGAGCGAGCUGCUAGUAUUUGACCACAUCUACCGCCAGAUCCAACACGGCAAGGAGGGCAGCAUCCUGCUGGUCACCGGGCAGGAGGUGGAGCUGACCACGGUGGCCGCCCAGGCGGGCUCCCUGCUGCACAGCCUGGUCCUGCGGGCGCAGGAGCUGGUGCUGCAGCUGCUGGCGCUGCAGCUGGACCGCCAGGAGUUCGUCUGCCUCAAAUUCCUCAUCCUCUUCAGCCUCGAUGUGAAGUUCAUGAAUAACCACAGCCUGGUGAAGGACGCUCAGGAGAAGGCCAAUGCCGCCUUGCUCGAUUACACCCUGUGCCACUACCCGCACUGCGGGGACAAGUUCCAGCAGCUGCUGCUAUGCCUGGUGGAGGUGCGGGCGCUGAGCGUGCAGGCCAGGGAGUACCUGUACCACAAGCACCUGGGCAACGAGAUGCCCCGCAACAACCUGCUCAUCGAGAUGCUGCAAGCCAAGCAGACUUGAGCCUGGGCUGGGUGGGGCCAGGCCUGGGGCCAGGCUGGGGGUCGCAGCCACCCCCAAGGCCCUCCAGAUGGUUGAGUUUAUUCUGCGACCCAGGAGCCCCACCCUGUAAGCCCCUCUGCCCCUGUGCUCUCUGAAGCCCCGUGUUUGGGAAGCUGGGUGAGGGGGGAUGGGGCCUGGCUGAUGUAGGGUGGCCCCACGGGCAGCUGCCUGCCACUCAGAGGGCCCCAAGAAGGCGGCUGCUAAGUACCCCCUCCCCCUCCCCUUGCUCCCAGCUGUCUGUCCUGGAGUCUGGAAGCACAGGUCCAGGGAGGAGGUUCGGGAUUCCCUGGUGGGCCUCCACGUCCCUUGGGUCAGAAGUCGUCCCUUUCCCCUCUCUGGGAAACAGAAGCAGAGAGACGUUGAGGGGACAUCAACUGGGGGAGAAGAGAGGGUCUCCAGAACCCCCUCCCAGAGACCAGGAGGGAAGCCCUCUGUU